AUGAAAAUGGCGUCGCUCUCACAAGCAUCCUGUACUUCUGACCCAAAUUUUGCUGUGAUUUGUGCAUUUUUAGAGAGAUUUGCUAAAUAUUGUGGAAUUACUUAUCCCUCAUUUACUGAUCUUCAAGAAAUGUUAGAGAAUGUUGAGCAAGUGCCUCAGGAACUUGUGGAUUUACACAUAAAAUUAUUAAGGAAAGCUCGUAAAACCGUUUUCAUAGAAAAGUGGGAAAAAGCACUGGUCAAAUUUUGUAACUCAUAUUCAAGUCAAGAUGGUUGGGAAAUAGAAAAUUUUGGUUACAAAAAAUCUAAGCUUGAAGUUAAGUUAAGAGUUUUGAAAAUGCUUUUAGAAGGACAAUUUGAUUUAAAUAGCAAAUUUAAAGCUACAAUUAACACUUUAGAAUCAGAUAAUCUAAGAUCCAAAGCUCUUGGAAGAGACAAACAAGGACGAAUUUAUUGGCUUCAGUUAGAUUUGACAUCUAAUAUUCGAAUAUAUAGAGAAGAUGUUGAUAAUGAAAAUUGGUCUCUAAUAGCCCAAGACAGAAUUUCUUUGGUUAACCUUAUACAAGAACUUUCUGGUAAUGAACCAAAAGUGAAUUCCGAUGUAAUUUGUAACAAGAGUGACAGUUUAUGUGCCGAUAAUUCAUAUGUUGACACUGGACAAAGUGAUUGUGACAUUACUCAAAUUAGUAAAAUAAAUAAUGAAAAUGUAAAUUCCCAGAUUGAAAAAAACAAAUUGUCCGAGUCUGAAGAUGAUCCCCUCCAAUCUGAUUCUACUAAAUGCAAAGGAAGUAACUCAGAAGCAGAAGAUAAAAGUACUAUUGAGACAAAUUCUGUUAUUCAAAAUACUAAUGUGAGCAUUGAAGAAAGUAGUCAGGGUAAGGAAGAAAAUGGUGAAAAAUCACCAGAAAAAAUGGAAUGCAGUGAACAGAAAAUGAGUAGCGUGGGAGAAGUUAUUGAAGAACCAGUCAUGUACAUUGCUGGAGAUGGAUGUGGUGCAGAAUGUCAGACUGGUAAUCCCACCAAAGAUAAUGAAAAUGAAAAGGAAACUGAUAAUAUAACUACAGAAAACAAAAGUUUUAUUGAAAAAUCCAAGAAAAUUUCAAAUGAUGUUCCAGAAGGCAGUAAAACUGUCGUAAGUGAUGUAGAAAAAACAAAAUCAGCUCCAAUUUUGUGGAGCAUUGAAACAAUUUGUGGAGUUAAAAAUAGUGGUGGUAGUAGUAGUAGUAGUAGUAGUUGUAGUGGUGGCAAUAGUAGUGAAAGUGUAAAUGUAAAUGAUAAGCAAGAUAAUUUAGAAGAAAAAUCUAAACAAAAAACUUAUAGUAGUUUUUCUAUAGACAGUGUUUUAGAAAAAAAAGAUGUAAACAGUAAUAAUAAUCCUUCCACAUCUAGUUAUGUAAUUGAUUAUUCCACUGGUUCAAUUAAGGACUCGCCUCAAAACAGCAUUGAAAGUGGUAAUAAAGCAAAUCAAAACAUGCAAUGUUUCCCUGAAGGUGUGGAACAUAUAGUUAAAAAUAAACCAACUUCAAAUUUAUUUCCUACCUCUUGUUCAACAGUUCAAAGUACUCAUUACAUGGUUCCUAAUGUAACAUCUCCUAAACUGGAGCAUAGUCGUACAUUUAUUAAAACUGAAUUUGAAGAAAAAAAUAAUUUUAUUCAGUGUAACAAAUCUGUUUCAAAUGAAUCAAUAAUUGCAGAAGAAUCAAUUGAAAUAAAAUCAAACAACAAUCAAAAAAAAACGGGCAAAGAUUUAAAUGAACAUGAAAUAAAAGAAGAAAAAAAUGAUUUAAUAGAUAGUACAUCAAUUCAAACUUGUAAAAACGAGGAAGUUCAUGAAAUUAAAAAUGAAGUGUCCCAUUGCAAUGACUCACAAAAAAUAGAAGAAAUGGUAAAUAUUAAAAAAGAUUCAAUUGAAUCAUCAACAAAGGACAUGAGCAAAGUAAAUUCCGUGGAAGUUUCGGUAAAUGAAAUUUCCGACUCGAAAACAUUAAGUAAUAGUGAAAUCAAAUCCCACGAAUAUGAAAAAAAUCAAAAAACAAUAUGUGAUAAAGAAAAAAAUUGUGAAAAUGUUGAAAAUCAAAAGUUGAACAGUAGUACUUUUGAAGAAAAAGAUGUAAAAAGUGACCACGACUUACCGAUGGAAAAAGUCGAAAGAAAAGACGUUCUUUCUAAUGAUUCUGAUACUAAUUGUAAAUCUGAAACUGAAAAUUUAUCUUUUAGUAAGGAAUGCGAAAACAAUAAGAACAAUACUUCCCAUGUUGAAACGUUAGAAGAAACUCCUUCGAACCAAAAAGAGACCGAGAAAUUGACAGAAAAACAAAAUAAUACCACAAAACCUUCUGAUACCCAUGACAAUCUAAAAGAAAAUUUUGAAAAUUGUAAUGAUUUUAAAGAAAAAUCUGACAUUGAUAUAAAAAUUUUAAAAAAAGAGAACGAAUUUGAAGAAAAUGAGGUUGAUAAUGAAAAGGCUUUAAAUAAAAUAAAAGAGAAAGAAAAAAAUGAAGAAUUUGCAACUUCAAACACUGGUGAAUCUGAAGUUUCAAUUGAAAAUAAUACCGUUAUUGAAGAUUUAACAACAACAACAACAAGUAAAAAUACAUGUCUUGAAGAAAAAAGUUACCUGGAGGAACAAUCCCCUGUAAAAGUGCAAUUCGUUAAAGAAGAACAAUCAGAAAAUAUUUCUGAGCACAAUAAGGAUAACUCCGAACAUGAAAAUUUAGAAAAAAAUCAAACUUAUUCAGAGGAGACAAAAAUAAAAACUGAUGAAACUGAUACGGAAAAAUUAAAAGAGGAACCUGAUACUCAUGAAGAAUUAAGUAGCAUUCCAAAAAAUAUUGAAAAUGAAAAAGAAUCUGAUAAUUCGGUAAAUUGUGAAAAUGAUGAAAGUAAUAUUAAUAAUGAAAAAAAUACAAAAAAAGAAUGCAACGAAGAAGACGUUUCAAUAGAGAAAAACGACAGCGAUGAUGACAAUAACUCGAAAGAGGAAGAAAAUACAGAAACAAAUGAAAAUACCAUCGGCAGUCAAAGCAAUGAUGUCGAUGUUGAAAAACAAAAACAAACUUCAACACGAAAAGGUAAAAAAUUAUGGAGAAAGCGGCGAAAACGUAAAAGUAAAUGUAAUGCAAAUGACAAAGUAAAAAGUAAAACAGAUGAGGAUACAAAUGAAGAUUCUGAAAAAAAUUCAAUGAAAAAAAAAGGAAGACCAAAAAAAAAUGAACUUACCACUGGAUCUGGAAGUCACAGAAUUCCUGCUCGUGAAAUUAAACUUUUGGGCAUAACAAAUAUGGAUUUCGAAUUUCCUUCCAUACGUCAAUCUCGAAGAAUAGCUCAAAUUAAAUUGAAAGAAGAAGCAGAAAGAAAAAGAAUGGAAGCUCUUCAAAUGGAGGCUUUGAAGUCUAAAAAAAAGGAUUUUAAAACGAGUAAAAAAAAAUCAACUAAAUACGAAGAUGUUGACAGUAAUGAUGAUGAUGAUGAUGAGGAGGAUAAAAACAAGAGUGAGGAUUCAGAUACACAAAGUUUUAAAGAAAUCAAAUCUCAAAAAUCUAAAAAAAAUAAAAAAAAAGAUAAACUUGUCUUUGAUGAGUUGAAUCCAUGGUUGAGUAGUUCUGGAAGCUCUUCUGCUGCUGAUGAAGAAGAAGAAGAUAUCGAAGAAGAACAACACGACGAUGAUGAAUUAGUUUUUAAGUCUGACCAUGAAUUUUCUCCGGAAUCCGACGUUGAAGAUCCUGAUUAUCAACCAAUCAAAAGAGCUCGUACUGCAAAAGUUGAGGAAUCAAAGGAUGAAUUUGGAAAAUACGAUGACACAUCGUGCGAAAAUUGUGGUAACAACGAUCAUCCCGAAUGGAUUCUUUUGUGUGAUAAAUGUGACAAAGGAUGGCACGCUUCUUGUUUGCGACCUACUUUAAUGAUUAUUCCAGAAGGAGACUGGUUUUGUCCACCUUGUGAGCAUUCGUUUCUCGUUAAUAAAUUAGAAGAAAGUUUAGUUCAAUAUGACAGAUGCCAAAAACAAAGAGAAAAUGAAGAGUUGAGAAAAAAACGUUUAGCAUUUGUUGGAAUUAGCUUAGAUAAUGUCUUACCUCCUAAAGUAGAAAAAAAAGAAAACGAAGAUAAAAAAUCUGAAUCAGGGUCCUGUUCAAGCACCGAAUCUGAUGCGUCUCCUUCUGAAUCAGAAUCAGAUGAACCCGUUUAUAAAUUACGUGAAAGACGCUCUAAUUUAACCAGUUAUAGAUAUAACGAAUAUGAUGAAUUGAUAAAAUCUGCAAUUAAAGACGAAAUGGAUGCUGUAAGAGAAGCUGGAAAUAUAAGUAAAGGAAAAGACAUAAGUAAUAUUGUACAAAUUGAAGAAAACAAAAAAAAUGAAGAGAUUUCUCAAGAUGUAGAAAGCUCUGCAACUGCAUGUGAUGUCGAUGAACAACAUGUAAAUGUUGGCAAAAAAAUGGAUGAGGUUGAAGAAAAAAUUGAGGAUAGUGAACCCGAAGAAAAUACGAAUAAUUCGGAUGAUAAUCAUUCCGAAAUACUCUCGAAAAAAAAAAGUAAAAAAAAAUUAAAAAAAUCUAAUGUUAUGAGCCUGGACUUUACGAGUGAGGAAGAAGAUCAUAAUUCGGAUUCUGAUUUUAAAGGAGAGAGCAGCGAAGAAGAAUCCGAAUAUAGUUUAUCCGUGGAUAGCGAAUCUUCUGAAUAUAAUAAAUCAAGAAAAAGAGAUGGACCUUUAAGAAGAUCAGCUAGAGCAAGAGUUUCCCGAUACGAUCGUGAUUUUAUCAAUGAUGAUGAUAGUGAAGAUUCAUCACCCAAACGAAAAAAAACUCGAAGAGAAUGGGAUAGUACCGAAAGUUCUGAUUCAGAUAGUUCUUGGGGAAGAAGAAAGCAAAAAAGGAGUCACAAUAACAGUAUAAAUAAAUCAAAAAAAAAUGAAAAGAAAAAAGAUAGUAAAAGGCGAAGAUUAUAUAGUUUAGAUUCAGAAAAUGAAAUAAAGGUUGAUUAUUCCGACGAAAAAACUGUUUUCGCCCGAAGAACGAGGGGUAAAAAAAUUAAUUAUCAAGAAAUGACUGGUACGGAUAGUGAUGACGAUACAAAAUCCAGGAAAACUAAAACAUCCAGAUUAAUCGAAUCAGAUGAUGAUUUUAUAGCAGAAAAUGAAAAACACGAAGGGUCUCAAGAAGAAGAAUCAGAAGAAGAAAUGGAAAGUGAUGUAGAAGAUGAAGAAAACAUGCGAGAGGAUAACAGUGAAAAUCAGGACGAAAAUCAGGAUGAAAAUCAGGAACAAAAUCAAACGGAAAACGAAUAUAAAAAAAAUAUUAUAAAAAUAAUUGAAGAGAAAAAUUGGAUGAUUCCUAAUUGGAAUGAAAACAUUAAAAAAAUAAUGUUAAAUGAAGAACAAUUGCAUGCGCUUUCGGAAGAAUUCGAACAGUUGAAAAACGAAGAAAUGAAUAUAUUAAAAAAAAUCUUAGAAUCGGGUGAAAUACCAAUUAACGAAAUAAAUUUAGCUUUGAAAAAAGUCAAAGAAGAGAAAUAUUCAAAUGAAAGUUUUAUAAAUAAAAUGGACAUUCGCAAAACUAGCCAAAAUGUUCAACCGUUUCUCGCUCCCGAUAACGAACGUUUAAAACAGACAAUAGAAAAGGACAAAUUUCAAGAAAGCGAAAAAGUAAUAACCUCUGGUUUCACCGGAUUGAGCUCGCAAAUAUUUGAUGCUUCACAUAAUGAAAAAAAUUCAUUGCCAACGUCUAAAGAACUUUCUAAAAACACAUCGGAAAUACAUUUAACAGAAAAAAGUCACGAUUUUGAAGGAAAAUCUGUGGAUUUAUCAGGAGGAGAGUUAUUGUCAAAAUCGUAUCUUGCAGAUGUUAAGCAGCGGGGUUCGAAGAGUAGUUCCGACAUAUCAUUAACCAAUUACUUGAAUGAACCUAAUUUACACUCAUCUCAAUCAUUAGUAUCACCUUUUAAAAGUUCAGAUCCUCUCUUGCGAUCCUCUUUAAAAAUUGGAAACGUAAAUUUAAAUUUAAAUUCUCAAAAGGAAAUUAUCAGCGACAAUCCUUCUGUUAUAAGAGGAGAUUUUCAAAAUAAACGGCUUAAUUCGGAUGCAACUCGUUUUACUGAGCCUACUGCGAAUAAAUUACCUAAUUAUUGCCCGCUGAUUCCUGCGACAGUAACUGGAUUAUCAAAUAUUGAUGCUGAAAAAGAAUCGAGACAAAAACAACCCUGCGGGAUUUCUGAUAUAAAAGCGAAAAAGAAAAUUGAUAAUUCUUCACAGUUAGAAAAGAAUAAAUUAGUAUCAAAAGAUGCUGCACCCUUGUCAGUUCAAUCAGAAAAUAUAUUUUCUCAGGCAAAAAGUAAUUUAGAAUCAUCAUCAUCUUUGAAAAAACAAAGAGGAAGAGGAGGUAAAAAGUAUGUUGAGACUGAAUCUCGAAUUCAAGAGAAAGGUGGAAACAUUGUUGCUGGACAUGCUUCUAAUCAAUAUCCUUCUCAAAAUUUUUUAACUGAAGAAGGAAGUGUUAUAAGUAGACUACUAAAUAAUGUGCAAAGCUCACAAAACUUUUCUGCAAAUGAAACUCUACCAUUUUCUGCACAUAAUCAUUCAUUUUCACAUUUUCCUUCUUCCCAAUACCUGGCAGCCUUAAAGUUUCGUUUACCCACAGCAGAAGGUAAUGUCUUUCAUAUGUCUCGCUCACAUGAUCCUUCUCCUUCAGGUGGCGGAGCCAUUUCUAUUUCCAAUCCUGUUAGUGAAACAAAACCUUCUUUGCCUAUAAAUAUUAAAAGUUCAGCAUUGCCUGUCAUGAAUCCUAAAUUUAUUUCUGAACCUGUACCAAAACCAAUUUUAUCAGUUGAAACUCCUGCUCCUCAAUCAGAUCUUCAUUUCACUCAUUUUUAUGAAAACUUUAGCCAAAAUAAUUUAUCAAAUGAAAGCUCAAGUUUUCAUAAUCCAUCAUUUCCUGAUACUGCUGUUGAUAGCGUUCAAGCACCCAGUGUGGUUAACUCAAAACAAUUUGAAAAUGAAACUGGUGGAGAAUUUGGAGGUUUAGCUUCUUACUUUGCUAGUCAAAGGGAAGAUGAUUUAGAUUCCUAA